AUGUUGAUAUCGGCGGGCUCGGGCCCAACAGACUUCUCGCCGGCUUCUUGUUGCGCGUCCUGGAAGAUGGAGCCAGCCCAAGCGCCAGCGGCGAUCACCCAGCCGCUUAAUAUAUCACCAAAUGUUCCAGUUUCUCCAUCAUCUUCCGGCGGAGGCAGCUCAUCGCUGUAUCCCGGAGGAGCAUCACAUCCCCUCUCAUCGCUUCUUUCGCAACAAAGGCUUUUAGAGCUGUCGCGUUUCGGUCUGCGGCAUUACGACAUCGCCCAUCACGUGCUGUCUCAGCAAGGUGCUGUUACCAAGCUUCUUGGUAAGCUUAUUAUAAUAGUAUUGAUCAUAGAAUAA